CUAUGAUAAAGACAAACAGCGGAACAAACUUUAGCAGCAACGUAAAUAAUCCAUUUGUCCCGACAUUUGAGCUUAGCUCAUACUUUAGGUGUGCAACUCUGGAAUGGAUUUCUAUCAUAGCAAAGUGUGACGGUGUUAUUGACUGUUUUGACGCUUCAGAUGAAAUAGGUUGUUAUAGCGAGAAUAUUGGAAACCAUGUCUGUUCGAAGGAACAGUUCCAGUGUGCAGAUGGAGACUGCAUUCAUAUCAGCCUAGUGUGUAAUUUUAGAGAUGACUGUAAAGACUGGUCCGAUGAGUUUUGCGAGUUUGAGCAAUGCUCUCCUAUGACCGAAUAUCGAUGCAAUAAUGGACAAUGUAUUCCUACAGAACAACGUUGUAAUGCUGUUCAGCAGUGUGCAGAUGGUUCCGAUGAAUUAGCCUGUGGUUUGUACUACUGUGUUGGAAUAGGCUCAAUGAACCUAUAGAAUAACAUUGUAUUAAAUAAGCUACAUAUUUAAAAAAAAAAUGAAAUAAUCAUACAUGUACAGAAAAAAAUAUAUUGCAAUGUAUAUAUGUGACUGAGACCGUAGGAGAAACAAACAUACACAUACGAAUUCCGUUGUUUAUAAACAAUUUGAAUAGCAAACGUUGCACCAAAUCAAUCCACCAA